UGAAAGGACAGGUGUGGGAGAAGGAGGCGGGGCAACUUGGGCCUGCCUUCCUAAGGGUCACCCCCCACAUGCACCCAUUGGCCCACGUGGCUACUCCACACUUGCGCACAGAUCAUGUGGUCAUACCAGGCAUGUGGUCAUACCAGGCACGAUUACCUGACCACGCAGCACAGGGGUUAUGUUGGACGUAUCCUCGAAAUAACUAGGUGGAAAUGACUGGGAUCAGACUCAUGAGAGGCAGCAACCAGUCCAGUGUCUCCGAGUUCCUCCUCCUGGGACUCUCCAGGCAGCCCCAGCAGCAGCAGCUCCUCUUCCUGCUCUUCCUCAUCAUGUACCUGGCCACUGUCCUGGGAAACCUGCUCAUCAUCCUAGCCAUCGGCACAGACUCCCGCCUGCACACUCCCAUGUACUUCUUCCUCAGCAACCUAUCCUUUGUGGAUGUCUGCUUCUCCUCCACUACUGUCCCCAAGGUGCUGGCCAUUCACAUACUCAGGAGUCAGGCCAUAUCCUUCUCUGGGUGUCUCACGCAGAUUUAUUUUCUUUGUGUGUUUGCUGUCAUGGACAAUUUCCUGCUAGCUGUGAUGGCCUAUGACCGGUAUGUGGCCAUAUGCCACCCCUUACACUACACAACAAAGAUGACCCAUCAGCUCUGUGUCCUCCUUGUGGUUGGGUCAUGGGUGGUAUCCAGCAUGAAUGCUCUGUUGCACACCCUGCUCAUGGCUAGACUCUCAUUCUGUGCAGACAACAUCAUCCCCCACUUCUUCUGUGACAUCACUCCCCUCCUGAAACUCUCCUGCUCAGACACAGACCUCAAUGAGCUGAUGAUUCUUUUUGUUGCAGGGCUGUUAAUGAUAGCUCCAUUUGUUUGCAUCCUUGUGUCUUAUGUCCUUAUUACUUGUGCUAUCCUGAGAGUCUCAUCCACAAGUGGAAGAUGGAAAGCCUUCUCCACCUGCAGCUCCCACCUGGCUGUGGUCAGCCUCUUCUAUGGCACCAUCAUAUCCCUGUAUUUCAACCCCUCCUCCUCACACUCAGCUGGGAAGGAUACAGCAUCUGCUGUGAUGUACACAGUGGUGACCCCCAUGCUGAACCCUUUCAUCUACAGCCUGAGGAACAAGGACAUGAAAGGAGCUUUAAGGAAAGUGCUUACCAUGAAAUUCUCAUCUACUCAGUAAGGCUAAAAAAGAUCAUAUAAAGAAGUAAUUUCCAAGAAAACCAUAUUUGUUCUACUGUGUGAAACUUAACUUUUGUUUUGUUAGGAAAGCAUCUACUAUCUUUCUUGGAAGAACAUAAUCCGAGUUGUAGACUACAUAGGAAAAGGUGGAAAGUGGCUUGGGAUGCAGCUCAGUUCGAUUAUGCUUAUCUGGCAUGUAAGAGGCCCAGGUUUGAU